GAUGUAAUCAUGUGUGAUGUCAUCAGGUGAUGGAGCACUGCAUCCGGCAGAACAACGCGGUGGACAUCUACCAGGAGUACUUUGAGGACGAGGACGAGUUGGAGGACACCCAGGACCCGCCGUCUGCCAAGACCAUCAACGUCUUUAGAGACCCCAACGAGGUGAAGCGUACCAUCAGUGGUCUGUCGUGGCAUCCUGACGGAGGCAGGAAGUUGGCUGCAGCGUAUUCCUGCCUCCAGUUCCAGAGGAGCUCCAGAGACAUGAGCCUGGACUCCUUCAUCUGGGACAUCGAGAACCCCAACCGUCCUGAAAUGAGUCUGAAGCCUCCGUCAGCCCUGGUCUGUGUGGAGUAUAACCCCAAGGACCCCCACACGCUGGUGGGGGGCAGCUACAAUGGACAGAUUGGUGAGACAG